CCGUGACUCCCAGUUCAAGACAUACUUGGAGUGGUUGAAGCAACAAACAAGGCUGAAGCUAAAGGUUGCAAUGGACGCUACCAACAUCGAGGAUUUGCCUUCGGACCCCGAAGAUGUCUUCGACGAGUAUGAUGCUCACACGAGAAUGGGUAGGCAGCCCGAGAGAGGACCCUUUGAAGAUUACAUUGGUCAUCAAAUUGGUCGUUUUGCUAAUGAGGCGGGACAAACGUUGAGCGUGCCAAUAGGCUCUCCGGAUGAGGCCACUGUGCUUAGGACAUUUUUGCAGAGGUUUAGACGGGGAUGCCGGAAAAUGGCCUUCAAACUAAACUGCUUAUCAGCACAAGGACAAGGACCGGCGGAUCAUGAAGAACCUUCCGGAUCGCGCCAACGUGGUGGAAGGAGCAUGAGUUUAACAUCAGAUUUGGGCACAUCAUCUACAGGUUCCGUUCCAUAUUUCUAAAAUGAUUUCCAUUUG